GACAUUCUUUGGCCUGUUCGCCGUCUUUUCGGCCGAGCUGCGUCUGUACAUACAAGACUUACUUCCUUAAUAUGAAAUAGGCCUUUCCCCUUCAUACAUAUCCCCUCUGCGCGUAGCCGUCCAACAAUCGACAAACUUCAUCAUGGCAAGCGCAAAUAGUAUCAAAGUCGUUGCCCGUUUUCGGCCCCAGAAUAAGGUCGAGUUAGCAUCAGGCGGAGAGCCUAUCGUUACCUUCGAUGGCCCCGAUACCUGUAGCCUCAAUUCAGCUGAGGCUGCAGGUUCUUUCACCUUCGAUCGCGUGUUUGGUAUGCAAGGCAGACAGGUUGAUAUCUUCGAUUACUCAAUCAAGCCCACCGUCGAUGAUAUUCUCAACGGUUACAAUGGAACAGUAUUUGCAUACGGUCAGACAGGUGCGGGAAAGUCUUAUACCAUGAUGGGAACAAGUAUAGAAGACGACGAAGGCAAAGGUAUCACACCUCGUAUCGUAGAACAAAUCUUCAGUAGUAUCAUGUCCAGCCCGCCCACCAUCGAAUACACGGUCCGAGUCAGCUAUAUGGAAAUUUACAUGGAGCGUAUCCGUGACCUGCUGGCACCGCAAAACGACAACCUACCAGUCCACGAGGAGAAGAAUAGGGGCGUGUAUGUCAAGGGUCUUCUGGAGAUCUACGUCUCGAGCGUAGAAGAAGUUUUUGAAGUUAUGAAGAGGGGUGGAAAUGCAAGAGCUGUUGCUGCCACCAACAUGAACCAGGAAUCCUCACGUUCGCACUCUAUCUUCGUCAUCACCAUCUCUCAGAAAAACCUCGAAACCGGUUCCAUGAAGAGCGGUCAACUGUUCUUAGUUGAUUUGGCUGGUAGUGAAAAGGUCGGCAAGACCGGUGCUAGCGGUCAAACCUUGGAGGAAGCGAAAAAGAUCAACAAGAGUUUAAGUGCCCUGGGUAUGGUCAUCAACGCCCUCACCGACGGCAAAUCCUCACACGUCCCCUACCGUGACUCGAAAUUAACACGAAUUUUACAAGAGUCUCUUGGUGGAAACAGCAGGACAACGCUUAUAAUAAACUGUUCUCCCAGUAGCUACAACGAUGCCGAAACUCUGAGCACAUUACGUUUCGGUAUGAGAGCGAAAUCGAUCAAGAACAAAGCGAAGGUCAACGCCGAACUUAGUCCCGCCGAGCUCAAGGCAAUGCUUGCUAAGGCUAAAACUAAUAUCACAACUUUCGAGACGUAUAUCUCGAACUUGGAAGUGGAACUUCAGCUAUGGCGUGGCGGCGAAACUGUGCCCAAGGAUCGAUGGGUGCCGGCAAUAUCGGCUGACGGCGUCGUUAGUACAAGGGCGGACUCGAGGACUCAUCGGCCUUCAACACCGUCCCGGCUGAUACCAGAGAGCCGUGCGGACACACCGGGGCUAGCAGAACGCUCGGGAACACCAAGUCUCCCUCUAGAUAAGGAUGAGAGAGAGGAAUUCCUCCGGAGAGAAAAUGAGCUCCAGGAUCAAUUAGCCGAGAAGGAGUCCGCUGUUGCGACGGCCGAGAAGUCCCUCCUAGAGUCCAAGGAAGAGUUAUCUUUCUUGAAGGAACACGAUAGCAAACUAGGAAAAGAGAAUGAGAAAUUAACAACUGAGGUUAACGAGGCUAAGAUGCAACUCGAGCGGCUAACCUUUGAAAGCAAGGAAGCUCAGAUCACAAUGGAUGCGUUGAAGGAGGCGAAUGCGGAACUGACGACAGAGCUCGAUGAAGUCAAACAGCAGCUCCUAGAUAUCAAGAUGAGCGCAAAGGAGACGAGCGCUGUUCUAGAUGAUAAGGAGAAGAAGAAGGCCGAGAAGAUGGCUCAGAUGAUGGCAGGAUUCGAUCUAGGUGGAGACGUGUUUAGUGCCAAUGAGCAGUCCAUUGCCAAUGCCAUUCAACAAGUCGAGGCGUUAUACGAGUUGAGCUCAUCAGGAGACCCGAUCCCACCAGAUGAUCUACAAGAAUUAAAGGCUAAGCUAGUGGAAACCCAAGGCAUCGUCCGACAAGCAGAGAUAUCCUUGCAUAGCGGUGUACCAGGUAUGGCCAAUGGCAAGACGAUGCAGCAGCAAAUCGCCGAAUUCGACGUCAUGAAGAAGAGCUUGAUGAGAGACCUACAGAACAGAUGUGAGAGGGUAGUCGAGCUCGAGAUUUCGCUUGAUGAGACUCGAGAACAAUACAACAACGUGUUGCGGUCGUCUAACAACCGCGCUCAGCAGAAGAAGAUGGCGUUCCUCGAACGCAAUUUAGAGCAGCUAACCCAAGUCCAACGCCAACUUGUUGAGCAAAACAGCAGCCUAAAGAAGGAGGUAGCUAUCGCCGAGAGGAAGCUUAUCGCGAGGAACGAGCGUAUUUCUAGUUUGGAGAGCUUGUUGCAGGACAGCCAAGAAAAGCUAACCGCUGCGAACCACAGAUUCGAGUCUCAACUUACAGCCGUCAAGGAGCGUCUCGAGGCAGCCAAGGCCGGUUCGACCCGUGGCCUCAACUCGCAAUCCGGCGGUGGCUUCAGCUUUGCCAAUGCAGGCAGCCGUAUCGCGAAGCCCCUCCGUGGUGGCGGUACCGCCGCUGACGCUCCGGCCCAGGUCCCGACUAUCGCCAACCUACAGAAUGAAGGCAAUGCCAAUAAGAGAAGCAGCUGGUUUUUCCAGAAGUAGGGGAUAAAUGCUACAGAUAAGAACUAUGACCACGAGGCAUGCAUACGAAACUAGACUGUUCAAUAUUUUCGGUAAUGCUCGAGGACACGCGAG